CGUGCCCCGUGAGCGCGCACGUCGCUGUCAGAUCCGCGGUAGGAAAUGCGGAUGGUGAGCGUAUGAAUGUGUCAGCUGCAGUUAAGCGAGAGAAACCGAGUGAUCCGAGGACGGCCGGACGAAGCCCGAGCGGACAAAUGAAGAGGAUCCGUCGGAUUUCGUGAAUAGUAAAUAUGGACUAGUUAGCAGCAUCGAUGCUUUGUGGAAAUCGUUAAAGCUGGGCUGUUUAGGGGAGAGUCCCGUCGUUCUCGUCUCAUCCCGUUCAUCAUAAUUUCACCUCUGCUCUCCGGUCAUUGGGUGUCUUUCGCCCGGCCGGCAGGAGGGGUAAAGGCUACCGGAUCUGUGGAGGCGGGGGUGGGCCCUUUUGGGCACCCCGUCGGACGCAGAGCCCUGGACACCACAGCCGAGAGCAGCUAGAAGAGGUCAUGGCUGAGAUUUCAGCCCUCACUCCAUCCCCUCCAGGCCUGGGUGAUACCCACAUCCCCCAGCCCCUGCCGAACAGCUCUGAGCCUCAUCCUCACCCUGUGAGCCCAAAGGACCUUUCCCCGCAAACCCCCAAAUCUGCCCUCUAUGGGGACCCUGCCGUGAAGAGCACCACAUGGAGAGGGGCAAAAGAGCCCGCCCGGGAUGGUAAAGCCCCCCCCCCAGCUCCUCCCAAGCCCCCCCCACGGUCAUCCAGAGGGGUGGGAGCGGGCACAGAGGUGCCCUCCUGCGAUGUGCGGCCCUUGAGCUCAGAGACGCAGCCCUCUGAUUGUGACCCCGCCCCUAGCGUCAGUUCCUGCAGUGAUGUCACCCUGGCCGCCGCCCAGCCCCUGAGCACCACCCCCACCACCAGCAGCGACUCCCAUCUUCCUGCAGUUACAGUGCCCGCUGCGCACACUCCCCCGCUAGGGAACACCUCCCCAAGGCAGCUGCCUCCCCAGACCCAGUCCCCGAGCACCUCCCAUUGCUCCCCCAUCCCCAUCGUCCAGGAGCCUCAGGCCGCCUUCUUCCCAACCACCCCCCUCCGCCAGCCCGCCCCCGACUCCCUCAGCUACUUGGAGUCGGCCAGCCUGAUGUCGGGCACUAUGGAGUCACUGUCAGGCAUUGGGGACGACACCAGCUCCCUGGGCUCUGACUCGGAGGUCAACGGUAUGGUGAUGCGCCGCACGGACAAGUACGGCUUCCUAGGUGGAAAUCAGUACACCGAGACUGGUGAGAGGGAUGUCAGUGUGGACGUGGCCAGGCAGAGGGAGAUGAAAUGGUUAGAGAUGUUUGCCAACUGGGACAAGUGGGUCUCGCGACGUUUCCAGAAGGUGAAGUUACGCUGUCGGAAGGGGGUUCCCUCGUCACUCAGAGCCAGGGCCUGGCAGCUGCUGUCCAACAGCCAGGAGCUGCUGGAGACCAACUCCGGGAAGUUUGAGGAGCUCGAGAGGGAACCAGGAGACCCAAAAUGGCUGGAUAUCAUAGAGAAGGACCUGCACAGACAGUUCCCCUUUCAUGAGAUGUUUGCUGCUCGAGGUGGACAUGGGCAGCAGGACCUGUACCGCAUCUUGAAGGCCUACACGGUGUACCGGCCGGACGAAGGUUACUGCCAGGCACAGGCCCCAGUGGCCGCUGUGCUGCUCAUGCACAUGCCUGCGGAGCAAGCUUUCUGGUGUCUGGUACAGAUCUGUGAGAAGUACCUUCCCGGGUACUACAGCGCCGGCUUGGAAGCGAUCCAGCUGGAUGGGGAGAUCUUCUUCUCCCUGCUUCGCCGUGUCUGUCCCAUGGCCUACCGCCACCUGAAGAAGUUCAAGAUUGACCCCAUCCUCUACAUGACCGAGUGGUUCAUGUGCAUCUUCUCGCGGACCCUCCCCUGGUCCUGCGUGCUGCGUGUCUGGGACAUGUUCUUCUGCGAAGGUGUGAAGAUCGUUUUCCGCGUGGGCCUGGUGCUGCUCAAGCAGAUGCUGGGCUCGGUAGACAAGCUGCGAGAGGUGCAGGGCAUGUAUGAGACCAUGGAUCGUCUCCGCAACAUCCCGCCGGAGAGCGUGCGCGAAGACCUGCUGGUGCACGAGGUGAUCACGAUGCCCGUGUCUGAGGCCCUGAUCGAGCGCGAGAGCAGCAUUCAGGUGCGGAAGUGGCGUGAAUCGCGGGGCGAGCUGAGCCACCAGCCACGCCGCCGCCUGCAUGGCACCCGCGCCAUCCACGAGCUCAAGAUGCGUGCCGCCGCCAUCAGCUCCGGGGGCAGCUUCUCCUACCUGCCCGGCUCCGCCCCCCUGCCAGGGCCCCUGCGCGCCUCAUCCAGCCUGCUCUCCCUCCAGGGCUUCCGUAAGCCCAAGCCUACCUUUCGGCCGCCCAUCAAGAAAGGCGCCUUUGUCGGCUUCACUGCACUGGAACCGGAGCAGUACAAGUCCUUCCAAAGCCCCCCCUUCCAGGCCCAGCCGCUGCCCCCGCAGGCACCAUCCUCCCCGGGCUCCACCGUCAGCGCUUUGGCGGGCUCCACCCUCCCGGCUGGCCUGAAGUCGGUCCCCACAGCUGAGGAGGACCCGGUCGUGGCCGAAAAGGGCGCCACCCCUCCCCAAACCCUGAUGGCCUCCCCCAGGGUUGUCUCUGAGCACAUCACCCCCACCCUUCCGUCCCCCGCUGCCAACAAUGUCCCGCUCCCGCUGGUCGUGGACGGGGGCAAGUCGGGCGCCUCCAGCGAGGUGACAGCAGGGGGUGCUGGCGAGGAGGAGGGGAAGAAGAAGAAGAAGGGGAAAGAGGAGAAAAAGAAGGAAAAGGAAGAGGAGAAGCAGAGAGUGAAGGAGAAGAAGGAGAGGGAGAGGCAGGAGAAAGAGAAGGAGAGGCAGGAGAAAGAGAAGGAGAGGCAGGAGAAGGAGCGACAGAAGAAGAAGAAGGAGAGAGGAGGGAAGAAAAAAGAAAAAGGAGGGGGCAAGGAGGAAGAAUAGAGGGUGGAGGGAGAGGCAGGAAAAGGAAGGGGAGAGAGGGAGUGUAAGAGCAGGUAUGCCAAGAGGUCUGGCCUGGACGAGUAGCUGAAAGGUCCUGGGGCGCAGGAGUUGGGGGAGGAAGUCAUCAUGAGGAGCCCCCCCAGUACCCGUCCCUAUCCAGUCAGACACCUCCCUGUUCCUGCUCUGCUGAUCCUGAGAAAUCACAUCUUCGGGUCAUCUCCUUCGUGUUCAUUCGGCUGUGUUGAUUAUCCCGUUGACGGCAGAAACUUUGAUCUAGACUGGAGCUGCCAGUGUUUGUAAAUAGACACUAAGGUUCUGUUCACCUUCAUAUCCAAGCCCGGUUCUCCACUGUGUGCUCACAUGGGUCAUAAGACAGGCAACCAAACAAAGGACCAAAAAAAUUUCCAGUGAUUCCACUGCAGUACCGGAUGCCUCGUAAGCUGUAUUUAAGGAAGGCUGCGUUCUGUGUGUGUAUGAGUUGGUGUGUUUAUACUCACACUGUGAACGUUCUCUCUCUCGCUCUCUCUCUCUCGCUCGUGUGAGCGUCUUGACUGUGCCAUUAGAGGAAGGAAAAUGAUCUGGUUGCACACGUCUGUCUGGAUAAAUUAGGACUGGCUGUUGUGCCUAUAAACAGUCCUGCCAUUUCUCUGUCACAUCCUCUUGCUUUUUUUAAAUAAUUGUCAUUUUUCUUCCUCUCCUCUGGCUCACAGUUGAAGAGCACAUUGCCUAUGUUUGGCCAAAAACAGUCUGGAUGCCACCUCCUCCUUGAACCCUGUAGUUCAGAGGAGGCCGGGCUAGGCCAAGCCUGUCGGGUCAGUGGUUCCGCUGAGUCCCCCAUCAUAUGACCCCCCCCCUAUUGUCUUUCUUUAUGUUUUAGCCUAGCCAGCAGUGUGUUUAAUGCCCUAACCCGCUAUUCCGUCACGGCUGUGAAGGAGCAUUGAGAUGAUCUAGACGGUCUGACUGUGUACUGCCCCCCACUGCCCGAGGUACCCAAGCACAUCUAGGUCGGAUUUUCAGAAGAACUCCCAUGAAGCGUUGGGCUUGUAUAUAAUACCAGCACUUGUAUUAUGUUUAUGUACAAAUUAAUUCAGUGUACCAGAGAAUGCUAUAUAAGGCAAAGGUUUUCAUAUUUUUAUUUUAUUAUGGAAAACUGGUAUGACUGGAAUAAUGGCAGGUUCUGAGAGUCCCGCGGACUGUUUUAUACUUUAUUUUUUAUUUUUAUUUUUUUUGACGCGGCUUGAGCCUUGGGAACAUUGUUUUGUUAUGUUUUUUUCUUAUAAAUCUUACACAAAGGCCUUUCUUGAAAAGCCUGUCUGAUCUCCCCGAUAGCCAAGUUCUUCCUGUAUUAAGCUUUGAUCAGUGUUUCAACAAUUUCCAUUUACUUAGAAUUAAAACCGUGAAGUUUAUGUAUAGCAUGGUGUGUUAGUUCAUUAUUGAAUGACUUGAUGUCUUUUUUGUUUUUAAUUUAACAGUUAAAAAGUAGUGUUGAUUUACAUGGAGGUCACAAUGCCAAAGGUAGAUUUCAUGAGGGCAUUUCGAAAGGCUUGGGGAGGGGGGCAGUUCUGCAAAGGAUGGCUCCAUCUUAUAGGGGGUUGUGUGCUUGAAGCUGUCUAGAAGGGUCUUCACCCAAACUCAAUAUACUCUUGAUUAUCUCAAGCCUCUUUAGACUAUGUAACAACCUGCUAUUCUCACUGAUGCUAUUCUCUCCUCCUUAACCUCGCUGUUUUUUGCGCCCAGCAGUAAAGAGACAUGUGGCCACUUCAUGUCAGAUAAGCAGUGGAGCAGAGGAAUGGGCUAAAUCUUAACUUAUUGAAAAAAUGUCAGCGCCGGAUGUGUUAGACUGCAUUUUGACUGAAAUCAGUGGUGUAGUCACUGUAAAUACUGUAAAUCACUCAAUGCAGUGACACUUUAAUCAUCUCCUGUUAGCUGUAGUCUGUUACAGUAAUAUGCAAAGGUCCUUCUCACCUAACAGCAAGGUUCCCCCACUCUUUUCUCUCGGCCGUCUUCUCCCCGUUGUGGGCCUCUUGCCUGGGAAGCAGGAGGACGGGGGAGUUAAGACCCCGACCGUGUCACUCCCGCUGGUUGUGGAAUCUGAUGCCCACCACGCUCUGGAUACUACUAUGCAACUGAAACCAAACCCGGACUCCCGCCUCUCUGAUGAGCAGCGUGGCCUCUACGCCCUGCUCCAUCUGGUACCGACCCGCAGACGAGAGCUUCUGGGCCUUGGACACAUAAUGCAGGAAGAGCUCGUUCCCUAGUGCUGGACACAGAACUUUCAGGAUCUCAAGUGUUGUUCUGUUCCAAGUCUUGAUCAGCAUUGUUAUUAACAUUAUUAUUAUUUUAUUAUUAUUAUUAUUGCUCGCUUUGUCGUCUCUUUCCCUCAUCGUUUUAAAUCUGACUCUUCUCGGUCAAACAUUCAAAAUGGCAUAAGAACAACACGUUCGUCUGCUUGGUUUGAGGAAGGACUGGGUUGUAGGUGGGCAGUUACCUGUAGGCAUUGGGACCAAAUGCAGUAAAACUGGAACGACUCCAUGUUUUCUUUUAAAUUUGACUGUUGUACUUAUUUUUAUUUUAAUGCUCUUUUUGUAUUUGUGAAUUUUCUGUGUGUUUUAAAGUCCUCAGUAAACCGUAAUUACUCAAAAUGAAAAUAGUGAAUAAUAAAUCAUUCCUUAACUACAGGAGAUGAAUCAGAAUGAAACAUACUUACAUUGUAAUGAUGAUGCUGAUGACAACAUUGAUGAUGAUGAUGAUAAUAGUUACAAAUAAUAAAUAAUAUAUUAAGUCUCAUGUU